UUGAAAUUCAAGAUGGCGGGCUCUUCAAGUGAAAAUCAAGAAGAUGGUCGUUUUGAAAACUUCCUGCAAGAGGUAAAAACGAUUGAGCAACGAGACUCGGUUUUAACGAGCAAGCAGCAAAUCGACAGAUUGUUGAAGCCUGGUUCAACAUACCUCAAUUUAAAUCCAUUCGAGGUUCUCAUGUUACCUCCAGAAGCUACAUCAGAACAAAUUAAGAAGCAAUAUAGAAGGUUAUCAAUUCUUAUACAUCCUGAUAAAAAUGCAGAUGACAGAGAUCGUGCACAGAAUGCCUUUGAUGAGUUGAAUAAAGCAUACAAGCUUGUUAAUGAUGAAAAAGAAAUUGUUAAAGUUAAGGAAAUGAUAAAUGAAGGCAAAGCCUUGGCUGAGCAAAAGUUGUCAGAAAAGAGAAAGCUGGCAAAAAAAGAAGGAAAAACGACGAUUGAAGAAGAUGAUUCAGAAAUGUUUGCAAAGUUUGUGAGGACAACCACUAUCAAAUUAUUUGCUGAUUAUGAAUUAAGAAGAAAACACUUGGAACAGAGAGAUGCUGUGGAAAGGAAAAGACAACGAGAGCAAGAAAUCCAGCAGGAGGAAAAGGCCAAAAAGAAGAAAGAAUGGGACAAAAAGUGGGAGGACAGUCGUCAAGAACGAGUAAACAGCUGGAGAGAUUUUAAACAAGGGAAAAAGAAAUCAAAGAAAACGGCAGGAAAACUGCUUAAACCUCCCAGACUAAAUCCGGAAAAAAGAACGUAAUUACGUUUUUGGGCUGUGAAACAUUCACGAAGAUGACGUGUACACUAUCUGUUGUAACUGUCGUAAACUGUCGUAGUUGGCCGUGGUCGGUCGUUACUGGAUUACACACUGGAAAAUAAGAAAUUCUCAUUGCGGAAUAUCACAAUGUUGGCAUUUUGUAAAUAUUAGACCGAAGAACGAGACAAAACAAGUCAGUGUAUAUACAAUCCUAAAUAAAAAAAGGUUUGA